AAGUCUUCUUUUCAGAGCCAAGUUAUAUGGAUAAUACCAUUUGAAGAAGUCUUUUAGGCGUUUGGCCCCAUAAUCUUACAUCAGUCUCUUCAGCUAAUCUCUAUAACCAAAUAUUUCAGAAAACACAAACCACUAUGUCUGAUGCAUGGUCAUGGUGGUUGCUUAUGUUCAAAACGAGUGACUUCGCCUAUGCGAUUACAGUAACAGCCACGGUCCUGCUAGUCAUUUCAUUAAUUAUUUUGAUAUCUACCAAGACAAAAAAGAUAAGCCCACCAUUGCCACCAGGCCCCAAAAGCUUGCCUUUAGUUGGUAACCUCCUUUCCCUUGACCCUGACCUCCACAUAUAUUUUACAACCCUUGGUAAGACUUAUGGUCCAAUUGUGACGCUCUGGCUAGGCCAUAAGGUUGGCAUCGUGAUCAACUCGCCUGUGUUGGCAAGUGAAGUGCUCAAACACCAGGACACAAUCUUCGCUAAUCGUGAUGUCCCAGCUGCAGCCAAUGAGGUUUAUGGUGGCAAGGAUAUCGUGUGGACACCAUACGGGCCUAAGUGGCGAAUGUUGAGGAGGGUGUCUGUGAUUGAGAUGCUUAGCAAAAGUACAUUAGACUCUUUUCAUGAACUUAGACGAAGGGAGAUCAGACAGACUAUGGGGUAUUUCUACAGUCGGGUUGGGUUGCCAGUUGAUAUAGGUGAACAGAUGUUUUUGACUACUAUGAAUGUAGUUACUAGUAUGAUGUGGGGUGGUACAGUCAAGGGGCAUGACAGGGCUCGGCUUGGAACAGAGUUAAGGCUUGUGGUAAAUGGGAUGAUUCAGCUGUUGGGGAUGCCUAAUAUAUCUGAUUUCUACCCAGGUCUAGCUCGGUUUGAUCUUCAAGGGGUUCGUAAAAAGAUGAAGGUGUUGGCAAAACAAUUUGAUGAUAUUUUUGAGACUGCAAUCAAACGGAGGCAGGAAAUGAAAGCACAAGAGGGUAGCAAGGAUUUUUUACAGUUUUUGUUAAAGUUAAAAGAUGAUCAAGAAGCAAAAAUGCCACUUACAAUGACCGAACUCAAAGCCCUGCUCAUGGAUAUGGUGACCGGGGGGACUGAUACAACUUCUAACUCAUUGGAGUUUGCCUUGGCUGAAAUGAUGAACAAACCACAAAUAAUUCAAAAAGUGCAAGAAGAGCUGGAUAUUGUAGUGGGGAGAAAUAACAUGGUAGAAGAAUCUCAACUUCCCAAGCUACCUUAUUUAUAUGCUGUUAUGAAAGAGGUUCUGAGAUUACAUCCUAUUUUGCCACUCUUGGUGCCUCACUGUCCAAGUGAGACAUGUGUUGUUGGUGGCUACACAGUUCCCAAAGGGUCUCGUGUUUUCAUAAAUGUAUGGUCAAUACACCGUGAUCCUAGCAUUUGGGAAAAGCCACUGGAAUUUAUCCCAGAGAGAUUUUUGGAUGGUCAAUGGGAUUAUAGUGGCAAAGAUUUCAAGUACUUCCCAUUCGGUUCUGGACGAAGAAUUUGUGCAGGGAUUGCUAUGGCUGAAAACAUGUUCUUGUUUUCACUUGCAUCCCUGCUGCAUUCAUUUGACUGGAAGCUCCCCGAAGGACAGAAGUUAGAUUUGUCAGAGAGGUUUGGGAUUGUGUUGAAGAAGAAAGUACCUCUUGUUCUUAUUCCAACGCCAAGAUUAUCCAAUCCUGAGCUCUAUCAGUAAGUAAGGGUUGAUAUAUUUAGAGCAUUGAGUUAUUUCUUAUAAGCUGUUGUUUAUCAAAGUGAAACCGAUGAUUAAUAAUGAAAAAUUCCUGUAAUAUUCUAAUAUGAAGAACAAAAUUUAUUUGAGCUAA